AUGGUAUUGGCCAUGGUGAAGGACUCAAUUUCCCUUAUCAAUCAAAUCGACAAUCAAAACUCUUUUCAACGACUGCAACGCAUAAUGGCACAUGUGCUACGGUUCGUUAGGAAUGCACAAACAACGAACCACAAGGAACGGGAAAAAUCGCUCUUAAGUGCAAGCGAAAUGGAGGAAGCCUUGCGAGUAAUAAUAAAGGAAGUUCAAUGGAAUGUGUAUCGAGAAUCUAUGCAGCAACUAACAUGUAACAAGCAAUUAAACAACAUUGAUCCAUUGAGCAGUCUGCAUCCAUUCUUAGACGAAUUCGGACUUUUGAGAGUCGGCGGUCGGCUUGAAGCUUCAAAUUUAACUUAUGAUACCAAACACCCGAUCAUUCUUCCUUACGGCCAUUACGUAACUCGAUUGAUUUUAAAUGAUCUGCACCAUAAUCAUCUUCACGCCGGACGCCAAGCCUUAUUGGCAAUAGCGAGACAACGAUUUUGGCCUAUCAAGGGCAAAGCAGCCAUCAGAUCUAUCGUGCAGAGCUGUAUGAAAUGCGCAAGGGCGAAACCAAAACUCAUGACGCAGCUCAUGGGAAACCUGCCCACCCAUCGAGUACAACCAGCCAGACCAUUCACGAAUACUGGUAUCGACUUCACCGGCCCUCUAUGGAUUCACUUUAAGGGGAGAGGCAAUCGUCCGCAAAAGGCGUACCUUGCUGUUUUUUGUUGCUUUGCAACAAAGGCGGUGCAUCUGGAACUGGUGACGAAUCUAACAACAGAAGCCUUCAUCAAUGCGCUGAAACGUUUCAUUGGGCGUAGAGGACAUUGUCGAAAUCUAUAUUGCGACAAUGCAACUAACUUUGUGGGCGCUAAAAAUCAACUAGCAGAAUUAAAGGAAAGCAUAUACGGGGAACAAUCCAAGAACAACUAA